UCCUCCCUCUUAGCUUCGCUCACCCGCCCAACAGUUGGUUUCGGAUCAGUGUUUUGUCACAGAGAGGACAGCAUUAGACAAAAACAGUAAAAGGAGAGACAGCUUCCUUUCCACUUUUGGAUCUCUUGCAUCCUCUGACUCUGCAGCUUCUUCUCUCAGAGCCGCCAUGCUCCACCUGACCACAGGACGGCUGGGCAGCCUCCUGGCCAGGCGUGUAACUGCAGCCUUGUCCAGCAGCAGUGUAAGGAUGGCAAGUCACAGCCAUGAAGUGUCACAGACGGACAUGUCUCAGCCCAUGUACGUCGAUCGUUUGGACAUUCCUCUGCCGGACAAACCCUACAAAGACAACCUGAGUGCUGAAGAACAGAGCCUGAAGAAGAAGGAGGAAGGACCCUGGAGCCAACUGACCAAAGAGGAGAAGAUCGCCUUGUAUCGAAUGAUGUUCUGUCAGACCUUCCCAGAGAUGAAGCAGCCGUCUGACGAGUGGAAAACUGUCGUGGGAGUUGCGUUAAUCUUUCUGGGCAUCUCUGGUCUAGUAGUGUGGUGGCAGAAAGUCUUUGUCUACCCAAAGACUCCCAGGACUUUUGACGAGGAAUGGCAGGCCAAACAGCUGAAGAGGAUGUUGGACAUGAGAGCCAACCCAGUCGAGGGCUUCUCAGCCAAGUGGGACUAUGAAAAGGGCCAAUGGAAAUGAAGACAGGUGGAUGGAUGGUGUGUGGCGGAGGUGGUGCAGUGUUUGGACCUGUCACUCCAGAGCAUCAGUCCUGGUUCUGUCAAGCUGCUGCUGAAGUUAAAAUGUUAAAAACCACUAUAAAAACAAACAACUCGUCAUCGUUGCUCUGUGCCACUUCUGUGUCUGCUGCAAGCAGUGUGUCCGUCCAAUAUUUUAAUAAAGUUUCACUCUCACUCUCCUGUGAUGGAA